UCAUGCUGCUGCCAGGUCCACAGUCUCUCAUGGGUCCCUGUACGGCCUCCCAUUGCUGCUGUCUCCAUCGCCACACUCUGCCAUGUGCCACUUUCAGGUCUCCUCACACUGCUGGUGUGUUCCAUUUUUUGUCAUAGGGUGCUGGCAGAUUACGGGCCUCCAUAGCUGCUGCCAGGCCCCUAUCUGCCAUGGGCCCCUAUACCGCCUCCUCAUGCUGCUGCCAAGUCCAGAGUCUCUCAUGGGUCCCUGUACGGCCUCCCAUUGCUGCUGUCUCCAUCGCCACACUCUGCCAUGUGCCACUGUUUCA